UGCAAACUCUGUAUGUUCGACAAUCGAUUCUGGGCUUUGUUUGAUGAUGUCUUAGAUCUAUUGCCACUUGAUCUGAUUAGCGAACCACGGGACAAUUCUCCGAUAACAUUCCUUGCCUCGAAUAUUUGGUUAUGAUGAUGUAUUCAUUUGCUCUCGGUUAUUUAAACAGACGACCUUGUCUGUGGUCUGUGAAUUGGACUAGACUCUAACCGUUGCAACCUGACACUGCUCUGCUCUGCUCGCUGAUCCCGGAGCUACAUCCGCAGCCUCAGUCCGUCCAGACCACACUAGUCUCUAGACCAUGAAGGCCACCGCUCUCCUCGCCCUCCUCGGCCUCUUCGGAGCAAGCACGACAGCAGUCCCAGCAGUCAACUUCCCCCGACAAAACGGCAACAAUAACCCGGUAUCCUGGGAGUUCUUUCUCUUCCAAAACACAAAUUGCACAGGACCUCAGGAUAUAUUUUCCGGAAAUGGUACCACGGCUUGUCGGAAUGAUAUCCGGCAUGGUAGCGCGUUGGGAUUCAUUAAGGAUGACAUUAGCCCGGGGUGUGUAAUUGAGUUGUUUAGGGGAAAGAAUUGUACGCAGAGUGUGAGGAAUGUUACUUCAAAGACGGAGAGUACGUGUCAGGUUUUGCCGGGGUCUGUGUCGAGUUUUGACGUGAAGUGUGCGAGGCCGAGGUUUGUUGUGCCUAGAUGAUAGUAUAAUAGAUAGGGAUGGGGUUUCUGCUGUAUGUACAUGCGACGAAUGAUGAACCUAGAACAAUCUACUUGUCUGAUACGG